AGGGAUGAGCAGUGAGCAUCACUGCUCCUGUGUUUGCUCCGCACAUCAGCAACCCUGCUCCUCUCUCUCUCUCUCUCUCUCUCAGAUCCAGGCAGAGGUUGUACGUCCGCUCCGGGAGAGAGAGCUCACACCGCAUAGCGCUACAGCCGCCUGACACCGACAGUCCUACCGCACGCUCUUUUCAAAUGGAUGUCUCCCCCGUUCACGCCUUUUGACACCGGAAGGUGCUCCUGUAGCUGCGUUAGAAACACCUCAUCCCCGGCUUGUUUUCUUAGGUAACUGCCUUCUCUCGACGACACAGAGAGAGCCACACUCACCCCCCUUUUCCUUCCAUCGUUAGCCCGCUAAGCUAGCUAGCCCGCUAACUUAGCGGUGAUACUUUGUACCGAGUCGGUGUCAGUUUUCUGCCUGCGGAUUCUUUGCGCCACGGCUGAGGAUAGAGGUGACCGGUCACUAUAGGAGCAUGCAUGAGUGACGAGCAAAAGAGGAAGUGGGAUCUCUGAAGCUCCGCCCCCUCUACUGGUGGAGCACCCUGCACAUCUGACCAGAGACCCCUUAACUCAUUUUGAAAGGAUGCGGAGGUUCGCCUACUGUAAGGUGGUUUUGGCCACCUCUCUGGUCUGGGUGAUGCUGGACAUGUUCAUUCUGCUCUACUUCAGCGAGUGCAACAAGUGUGACGACAAGAAGGAGAGAGGACUGCCCGGGAGAGACGACACCAUGUCCCGACCGCGAGAUGGGCCUGGUGAAGGAGGGAAACCUGUGGUGAUCCCUAAAGAGCAACAGGAGAAAAUGAAAGAAAUGUUUAAGAUCAACCAGUUCAACCUCAUGGCCUCGGAGAUGAUUGCUCUCAAUCGUUCGCUGCCUGACGUCCGCCUAGAAGGGUGCAAGAACAAGUUAUACCCCGAUAAUCUUCCUCGCACCAGCGUUGUGAUUGUAUUUCACAACGAGGCUUGGACCACGCUGCUGCGAACCGUCCACUCCGUGAUUGACCGCUCUCCACACACACUGCUGGAGGAGAUUGUUCUGGUGGAUGAUGCCAGUGAGAGAGAUUUCCUCAAACAGCAGUUGGAGAGGUAUGUGAGAAAAUUGGAAGUCCCCGUCAGAGUCGUGAGGAUGGAGCAGCGGUCCGGGCUCAUCCGCGCACGCCUCAAGGGAGCGUCCAUUUCCACUGGCCAGGUCAUAACCUUUCUGGAUGCUCACUGUGAAUGCACAACAGGAUGGCUGGAGCCUCUGCUUGCCCGCAUCAAACAAGACAGGAAAACAGUGGUGUGCCCCAUUAUCGAUGUUAUCAGCGAUGAUACCUUUGAGUACAUGGCAGGCUCUGACAUGACAUACGGAGGAUUCAACUGGAAGCUCAACUUCCGCUGGUACCCUGUACCUCAAAGGGAGAUGGACCGCCGCAAAGGAGACCGCACGCUGCCUGUCAGGACUCCCACCAUGGCAGGCGGCUUGUUCUCCAUAGACAGAGAUUAUUUCCAGGAGAUUGGCACAUAUGACGCAGGCAUGGACAUCUGGGGAGGAGAGAACCUGGAAAUCUCUUUCAGAAUUUGGCAGUGUGGCGGGACUCUAGAAAUUGUCACGUGCUCUCACGUGGGUCACGUGUUCAGAAAGGCGACGCCCUAUACGUUUCCCGGAGGAACAGGACAGAUCAUCAACAAAAACAACCGGCGUCUGGCCGAAGUUUGGAUGGACGAAUUUAAAAACUUCUUCUACAUCAUCUCUCCUGGUGUGACCAAAGUAGACUAUGGUGACAUCACGUCUCGCACUGCUCUGAGGCAAAAGCUUCAGUGUAAACCCUUCAGUUGGUACCUGGAGAACAUCUACCCUGACUCCCAGAUCCCUCGGCACUAUUACUCCCUGGGAGAGAUCCGUAAUGUGGAGACUAACCAGUGUCUGGACAACAUGGCCCGCAAGGAGAACGAGAAGGUCGGCAUUUUCAACUGUCACGGGAUGGGAGGCAACCAGGUUUUCUCCUAUACGGCCAACAAGGAGAUCAGGACAGAUGAUUUGUGUCUAGACGUGUCCAAGCUAAACGGACCCGUCAUGAUGCUCAAGUGCCAUCACCUCAAAGGCAACCAGCUCUGGGAGUACGACCCUCUGAAGCUGACCCUGAUCCACGUCAACAGCAACCAAUGUCUGGACAAGGCCAGCGAGGAGGACAGCCAGGUGCCCAGCGUCAGAGACUGCACGCACACACGCUCCCAACAGUGGCUGCUCCGCAAUGUCACACUACCAGAGGUCUUCUGACCACACCCCUCACACUCCCAAACGCACACAUUCACACACACAGCGGCCCAGAAUAAGAAAUAAAGGGGAACGGACGUGAUUUUUUUUUUUCCCGGCACCAGGAAUGAAAAAGACUUCCCUACACUGGGAUUUGGGAAGGAAGGAGGACAGAUCGGACGGUACUACCUCUGCCGGACGUCAGAGGGAGGAGUGCGUACAAGCCUCCUUAAAGCGAGAAGAGAGAAAAGCCUCCCUCUGAGAGACGAUGGCUGUUGUUUUACAUUCAUUUUGUUUUGUUUUUUUAAAAGAAAAAAGAGAUUUUAACCGCAGAGAGUUGACUCGCUCACAUGCGCGAAUACGAGAACUAACUGGUGGAGUCGAUCACAGCUUCCCCCGGACAAAGCAGUCCACCACUCAACUCAUCACUUAACGUUUACUGACUGCCUCUUACGAGAGUGUGUGCACUUAUUUGUGUGUGCGUGCGUGUACUGAGAUGAAUGUAUGCUUUGAGAAGGGGACUGAAUUCCUUGUUGAUUUUCUUUCUUUUUUUCAUGUUUGUUUUAUUUAAUUUUUUAUGGAUUUUGAAAAUGUACUCCUAUGAAGAAGGAUGUGCACGUGUGCAUGUGUGAGAAGCUGCGAUGUGUGUGUGUGUGCGUCAGAGCCAGUCCUAUGGUCUUGCAGCAGUGUGUGUCUCCCUCUGGUGUUACAGUUUAGCAUUUCAUCUUAUAGGCUGAAGCCUCCGUGCAGAGGGACAACGCAUACACACGAAAAAACAAACAAAACAAGAAAGCGAUCACGAGGACCCGACGUCUGCCGUCAGCAGAAAUCUAGAAAUAGAGAAUUAUGAUGUUUGUGAUAUCUUAAGAUUUCUAUGUCCAGUUUUUACAUGGCUUGUCUGUUUCUACUGUUUCAGUAACCCUAGUUUGUCUGUACGUCUCUGUUGUCUUUAAAGAUAUUUAACAUAGAGCUAACAUACACACACACACACACACACUCUCAGAGGAUACAUGAGUCUGUUACUGAUGUUCACUGCCUAUUGUAGUGUUCAACCACGUGGAUCUCUCCAGUAAGGCACUACAUUGCCACACAUAAACACACGGACAGACACACAUGCUGUAUACAUAUAGGAAAAAGGCUGCCUAAGUCUGAUACUUCAGUCCAUUUUUGUCAUAUCGUCUUCUCGAUGACCUCUUAAAGAAAAACAAAAACACUCCAAGGGCUUCUUUCCUCCAGCGGAGUGUGUGGAUGUUUGCAUUUGUGUGGGUGUGAGUGUGUGUUUCUUCAGUACUAAUCCCAGCCCAUUAGCUCCCUGUUUACUAGAACAAACGGCGCUCCGAUUCCUCGCUAUUGGACGAGCAAGCACCCGUAGCGUAGACUGGCAGCAGAUUAGCAUAUCCCUGCUUCCUCCGUCGUACUAAAAGAGCAAAACGCUGUUAUUUUUUACACAGAGCCGGGUUCCCUGCACUCCCCCUGCGGACAUAUCUACAGCAGGAGCGUGGCACCGCUAUGAGAAUUAAUCAGGGACAGAAUAAAAGCUGUAGAGAGCCAAAAGGAGUGAAAGGGUUGAACUGUGUGAUUACAGAGAGCACAGCAGAUGACAUAUCUUAAUCCAUUACUACAUUUCUCUCACUUGGCAAGCGCACCUGCAGCAUUUCACUAUUCAUAUCUCAGUCAGAGGUAGACAGCGUGUCUUUUUCAUUUCCACUAUCACGCCUUCUUUAUUCUUAUUCUUUGUUUUUUUGUUGUUGUUUUUUUAAUCACUUCUGCCGCUGCGAGUCAGGGCACCAGAGGUGAUUUCAAAAAAUGAUUUUUAAACAUUUCAGCUUCCUCCAAUGGAGGAAGGGUUUACACAAAGGACACGACAUCGGUUCAUCUUCGCUGUGGACAUGGCAGUGAGUGGAGGCCAUCGACAGGUUGUUUUUUGUUUGUUUUUUUUCAUGUCUGAUCGAGUGACUGUGGUGAAGAUGUGAGAGUUUUUUGAUUGUGGGACAGACGGGGGAGCGUAUCGAUUGUUCUAAAUUCGGGAGGCGGGGUAGGGGGUGGGUUUGAAAUGAACUGACAUGUCCAGGCUUCCACACUGAGCUGAUCCAAAUGUAGAAAAUAAAAGUGAAAACGUUUACAGAA